AUGGCCAGUCUAGACUCGCAUCGACCGAAGGAUCAAGCCUUGAUGAACGCCUUCAUUGCGUCGUUCGAUCCUCUCCACUUUCAGAAUUUGCUUAUACGCUGGGUGGCCUGCGACAACGUCCCCUUUCAUAAGCUUGAGAGUCCGUACUUCCGCGAGCUUAUGGACCGCAUCAACAUCUCCUUUGAUGGGUGGUCCUCUCGGAACUUCCGAACAUUCCUUUUGGGCUUGCCGCAAAUCGAAGGCCGUCAUACCGGGGAGAACCUUGCAGACCGCGUCAGCGAAAUUAUUCACGAAUAUGGGUUAGAGGAUUGCAUCGGGUACUUUGUGACAGACAAUGCAGAGAGUAACGACACAUGUCUGGAAGACCUAGGCGUUGAGUUUGGCUUCAAUAAGCAGCACCGACGGCUCCGUUGCUGUGGGCAUAUUAUUAAUCUCGUCGCCCGAUCUAUUCUUUUCGGCGCCGACCCCGACGCCUUUGAGGAGGACUGCCAAGCCCAUAAAGAGAUUCGAGAUGAGAUGAAGCUCUGGAGAUCGGAGGGCCCAAUUGGAAAGUUGCACAAUAUUGUUCACUGGGUGCAAAGAUCUGGCCAGCGCAUUGAGAAGCUCCACAAGCUCCAGCUUAUUGAGAACACCGCCUUGAACCUUGAAGACAAGACAACAUACGAUGUCAUCUCGGAUAAUGCCACACGCUGGAACUCAUCGGAGGCGAUGAUGCAGAGAGGCUACCGUCUCCGGAACACGCUUGAUUCCAUGGUUCAGGCAGAAGUUACGGAAUGGAACCAAUACGUCGCCAGGAGGACUCAGAACGGGACAAAGCCGAUGCCAAAGAAGAGUAGGAAGAAGCCGGCCAUUGUUGACGAUAAGAUGUCUGUUGAGGACUGGUCAAAGGCCGACCUAAGGAAGGUAAAUUCGGUGCGAUUUGGGAGGUUUUACUAA